CCCGGCUUCUCAAUGGGCUUGUUCACAUCGGGGACGCGGUGGAUCGUUGGAGCGCUUGCUGGGGGAGCAGGCUUUCUUCUCUGGACAGGACUUGACAGGUUUGCUCCGGGAGCAGAGAGUUUGCUGGGACUGGAUUCUUUGUCGCGAGAUUCAUCGUCCCGUUACAACGAGCUCGAGCGGCAGAUCGCCAUCUUACAGGAGCAGCUACACGAAGUUGCUGAGAUCUCCAACAGGAGGGGCAUGGCGACGCUGGCUCUCGUCCGGGUCGCCUUCCACCUCGUAGUGUUCGGAAUGGCAUCAUGGCGGAUCCAUCGGGUGAAGGACGGUUGCAAGUCUCUCAAGAAGCGCGUGUCUGCCAUGCUCGACAUGCUCGACGGACUUGGAAUGAAGUGGCUUCCGAGCAUGUUCCGACUUGAGGCAGAGGGAAGACGAUCCAAUGGGGGAGAACGUCCCGGAGACACUACGGCGAGCAAGGCAGAGGAGAGCGAGGGGCGGGAUAGCAGCUUCGAACGAAGUGAGAUGUACAGGGACAGGGUGAUGCAACUGGCCGCAGACAUGGAGGCAAGGGUUCGCACAGAUGGAUGUAAGGGUGUGCAACCUUCAA